AUGUGGAUUGAGACCUCAAGCUUUCGUGUUUCGCAUCAACAGUCCUUGAACAGCCAACGUGUGCCAUACGGCGCCUCAUUGGGACUGCUCGGGUCGACUGUGCGCCGAAAAUUCUCUUCUCUGAGUAACGGCAAAAAAUCUGAGCGUCUAGGCUUGCGUUUAAGCGCAAGGCCACGUCGCCAGACUAAGCUUCGAGCCUAUAUUCUAAAUCUUAAUCUAUUGUUCGUAUUUGGCGCUGCUUGUAUGCUUUCGUCACCAUCCUUUUUGUUCUGGACUGGAUUNUUUUUUUUUCCUGAAUUGCACGAGAUUUAUCAUAUCCGCUAUUAUCGUGCCAGACAGACAGCCCAGCCAGCCAUUUGCCAGAAGCAGCAGCCAGCUGAUGAUAAUGGCGACAGUAACAAUCAAAGAGGAUGUUCAAACAACACUAGCAAAUGCAAUGCAACUGGUCAACAUAGUGGACGGGUAGAAGUUAAUUGUUUGAUGAAUGACUGGAGGAAUGAAUAUUGCUUGAAAGAUAGUAUUGCAAAAGAAUUGUUUUGGGUGCUAGUGCUAGUGCUGAUAACUGAGAGAGAUAAUCUUUUAAUGGGCGGACCGUCGCAGGCCAUUUUGCUGUUUGAUGCGAUAUUGAAAGGAGUUUAUGAAACUAGCGAUUUGAUUAGACGACAACGGUGUGGUGUGGCCAAAUAG